AUGGUGCAGCCCUCCAUCGUCGCCGCUGUGCUCGCACUGGCCCCCUUUGCUUAUGCGCAAUGCGGUGCCGGAACGCCUGAUGCAAAGGUUACUGGAUCCGGAAACUCAUUCACGGCUACAAAGGGUUCAAGCACAGUAUACACCGGCUCAGACUAUCGUGCUGCAAUCCAAGCGGCAUUGGACUCAAUUAGCAGCGGCCAACGCGUCUCCGUCAUGGCCUCAGGAUCCCUCGGCGCCAACACCAUCUCAAUCGCAAGCGGGAAGAUAUUUGAGGGAUGCGGAACCAUCAAUGUCGGCAACAAGGCAGGACGAGGCGCAAUCGAAUCGCUCGACACACAAGGGACACAGAUCCCUUACCUCACCAUGACGGGCAACCCUUACUUCGGCUUGCGCUUUUAUGGCACGCGGGGCCUCGUUCUUGGGAAAAUCAAUCUGAAUCUUAGUGGCGGAUUGGGGAUUCGAUUCGAGCGUGACAAGGCCGCGAACAGCAAUGUGAAAAUGGACACAAUCACCUGCACGGGCGCUGGUAGUCACUGCGUUGAGACCUGGAAUAUCGACACACUCACGAUAAACUCUGUCAUUGCACGCGAUGUCAAAGAAUGUGGUCUCCUUUUGCAAAAGACGACGAACGCUCGUGUUGGUCUGGUAGACGGGAAUAAUGUCGCGGCCGGGACCGGUUACGCGACGCUGCGAUUCGCGAACGAGAACGGAAAACUCAACGGCGGUUAUAAUACCAAUGUGUAUGUCGACAAGGUCGUAUCCCGAGGGGGUGGGCGCGGUAUAUUCUGUGUUUCCCAGUCCGGUGGUGCUCAGAUUGGCACCGUAGAUCUCGCCAAUAAUGGGAAUAAUGCUAUUCUCAUUGAGAACUGCUACAAUGUCAAUAUUCGAGGAGGCACUGUCAACGGAGGUGGAGAGGUGCGACUGGCUGCCCGCUCUGAGUUCGCAAAUAAUCGCGAUAUCAGUAUCAAUCUGAAAGUUGAUGGGACCACUGUACGCGAAUCUCCAUGCGGACAGAACAUCAGAUGGACACUUUCUGGCAACGCUAAAAGGACUAUCUGCUAG